AAAAAAAAUUGCAGAGCCAAUACUUAAGAAUUUCUGAUCCGAACAUGGUCGUUGGCUCGGCUCACUGAUCUAAGAGCUGUUAGUCCAUCUUCGUCAGAUCGCCUGAAAAGAAAAUAGCAUCAGUUGCUUCACACAGCAGCAAAAAGGCUUUCUUUAAUUAGCUUGGAUGCUCAGCAAUCACCCUUCUUCUUACUCUUUACUCAAGAUCUCUCCUUUCUGAUCUAAAGAAGAGUAAGCCGCAGGGAGAAGCAUUUCGGGAUCAAGAUCAGUAUGUUCGGGAGAGAUCCAUGGGGAGGGCCACUAGAGAUCUCGCACGCCGACUCAGCGACGGAUGAUGAUCGGAGCCGGAAUCUUGACCUCGACCGUGCGGCGCUGUCGACUUCCUCGCGGCCGCUGGACGAGACGCAGCAGAGCUGGCUCCUCGCAGGUCCGGGCGACCAGGGAUCGAAGAAGAAGAAGUACGUCGACCUCGGCUGCCUCAUUGUCAGCCGCAAGAUAUUCAUUUGGACUCUCGGCGUCGUCUUCGGCGUCGCCGCCCUCGUUGGGCUCAUAAUCCUCAUCGUCAAGACCGUUCCUCGCCAUCAUCAUCCUCGCCCUCCGCCGGACAACUACACCCUCGCCCUUCAUAAAGCCCUAAUGUUCUUCAAUGCCCAGCGAUCCGGGCCGCUCCCAAAGCAUAACAAUGUUUCGUGGAGGGGUAACUCCGGGAUGAAGGACGGAUUCUCCGAUGAUGCUGUUAAACGCAGCCUUGUCGGCGGGUACUACGACGCUGGUGACGCCAUCAAGUUCAACUUCCCGUCAUCCUUCGCUAUGACCAUGCUCAGCUGGAGCGUCAUCGAAUACAGCGCUAAGUACGAGGCCGUCGGCGAGCUCGCUCAUGUCCGCGAAAUCAUCAAAUGGGGCGCCGAUUACAUUCUCAGGACCUUCAAUUCCUCUGCCGACACCAUCGAUCGCAUUGCAGCUCAGGUUGGAGUUGGGGAUACAUCCAGAGGCCCGAUGCCGAACGAUCACUAUUGUUGGAUGAGGCCUGAAGACAUAGACUACCCGAGGCCUGUGCUUGAGUGCCAUGGCUGCUCGGAUCUCGCCGCUGAGAUGGCAGCGGCUCUUGCAGCGGCGUCGGUAGUGUUUAAGGACAACAAGAUCUAUUCACAAAAGCUUGUGCAUGGUGCGGCGACGCUGUGGAAGUUUGCGAGGAUGCAGAGAGCAAGAUACAGCGCUGGAGGCUCAGAUCCUGCCAAAUUUUACAAUUCCACUAGUUAUUGGGAUGAGUUUGUGUGGGGUGGCUCAUGGAUGUAUUUGGCAACGGGUAACUCUUCUUAUCUUCAGCUGGUGACAAAUCCGAAAAUGGCGAAGCAUGCCGGAGCAUUCUGGGGUGGACCUGAUUAUGGAGUUCUUAGCUGGGAUAAUAAGCUUCCAGGAGCUCAGGUGCUUCUUAGCAGAUUGAGGCUAUUUCUGAGUCCAGGGUAUCCAUAUGAAGAGAUAUUGAGAACCUUCCAUAAUCAGACUAACAUUGUCAUGUGCUCUUUUCUACCAGUUUUUAAAUCUUUUAACCGAACCAAAGGCGGUUUAAUACAAUUGAACCAUGGAAGACCCCAGCCACUUCAGUAUGUGGUUAAUGCAGCUUUUCUCGCAGCGGUCUACAGUGAUUAUCUUGAAGCUGCUGACACCCCAGGAUGGUAUUGUGGCCCCAAUUUCUUCCCCACCUCAGUUCUUCGCAACUUUGCGAAAACCCAGAUUGAUUAUAUACUUGGUAAGAAUCCUGAGAAGAUGAGCUAUGUUGUCGGCUUCGGCAAUCACUACCCCAAACAUGUUCAUCACCGAGGUGCAUCAAUCCCAAAGAAUGGUGUUAAGUAUGGAUGCAAAGGAGGAUGGAAGUGGCGCGAUUCGAAAAAGCCAAACCCAAACACGAUUGUGGGAGCUAUGGUUGCUGGUCCAGACCGGCACGAUGGAUUUCAUGAUGUGCGCACGAACUACAAUUACACGGAGCCAACGCUUGCCGGAAAUGCCGGCUUGGUUGCUGCUCUGGUAGCCUUAUCCGGUGAGGGCAACGGCGUCGACAAAAACACUAUAUUCUCGGCUGUGCCUCCAAUGUUUCCAUCCCCUCCUCCACCUCCAGCUCCAUGGAAACCUUGAGAGAAGGAAAAAUAGCCUGUAAUUCUUUUUUGUCCCUUUAUAUCCUCUCUGAGCUAUAGAAAUUCAUUUCAUGGCUUUGACAUUGCUGGGGAUCUAACAAGUUAUAUGGGUUCCAGAGAAAUACUUUUGCUGGGAAUUACAGUUUGAAGAUCUAAGCUGCAGACAUUUUGUCUCAUUGCUGUUCUAUGAAUGUUUUGUAUAGGAUGUAAUACUAAGAUUUCAAGAAUAAUCAAAACAUUUUAUUGAAGCAUGUAUGGUGUAGAAGUUCAAUCAUGAAUGAAUUAAUACUUAUUGACA